AUGGCUUUGGGGGCUACUUAUGACCCGGAGCUUGCUAGAGGGAUCGGCACUAUCACCGGCGAGACGCUGAGUCUGUUCGGGAUCAACGUGAACUAUGCCCCUGUGUGCGAUAUCAACUCGGAGCCUUUGAACCCAGUAAUCGGGGUCCGCAGCUUUGGAGAUCACCCGGGAUUUGUCGCAAGAUUUGCAAGUGCCACUGCUCAAGGACUCCGGGAGCAGAAGGUGGUACCUAGCGUCAAGCAUUUUCCAGGACACGGAGAUACCGCCGUAGACUCUCACUAUGGGCUUCCCAUCAUUUCCAAAACUAGGGAACAACUGGAUCGGUGUGAACUGAGACCUUUUCGCCGAGCUGCAGCCGAAGGUAUCGAAGCAGUGAUGACGGCCCACAUUGCGCUGCCUGCUAUUGAUGAUAGCCAGCUUCCUGCUACACUAUCUGCUGAUACCUUAAACAUCUUACGGAAGGAUAUGAACUACGACGGUAUGGUGAUCACAGAUUGUCUGGAGAUGGAUGGCAUUCGUGCCACAUGUGGGACUGAGGAGGGCGCAGCUCUCGCUUUAGGUGCUGGCUGCGACAGCAUUAUGAUCUGUCAUACUUAUUCUGUCCAGGUAGCGUCUAUCGAGAAGGUCUGCGAGGCUAUCGAAUCCGGAAAAUUACCGACUUCACGCUUGGAGGAAGCUUUUCGCAGAGUAACUACGCUAAAGAAACGAUUCCUAUGCUGGGACGCGGCGCUCAAGCCACAGGGACUUGAUGGUCUUAGAUCUCUUAAUCAAAGAGGCGCUGAGUUAGCGAAAGAAGCAUAUUCUAGCUCAGUCACCCUCGUACGAGAUACACAGAAUACUCUUCCCUUGUCGGCUUCUUCAAAAAUUGCAUUUCUCUUUCCGGGUGACAAAACCCCAGCUGGUGGUGCAGUAGAUGGGGAAGGAUUGGGCAGACAGGGAUCCUACAAUGCCUCCGCCUAUCUCGAGAUCCUUAGACGGUGGAAUAAUCAAGCCUUCGAGAUUAGAUAUGGGCCAGUAGGUCUCUCAACUGAGCAGCUCAGUCUUGUCGAAGCCGCCGACGUGGUCAUAUUUGCGUCUAUCAAUGCAAGGGAGUCUGCCUAUCAAAGGACACUGGGACUCGAACUGUCACACCAUGCUCGUGCACUAGUUUCUAUGGCGCUUUGCAAUCCAUAUGAUUUUCUAGAGGAUUCUAGCAUUCAGACUUAUGUCACUACGUACGAGCCAACGAUUGAGGCAUUUAUGGUGGCCGUGGAAUGUCUCUUCAGGCCGUGGUUCGCUAAGGGGGCUCUACCUGUUGGGCCAGAAAAGCCUGCACCGCAUUGGCUUCAAAUACGGCAAUACGCGGCUGCAAUGGACUUUUCCCAGGUUUAUGACGUAUGGCUCUCAGCCCUACCCACGUAUAAGAUAUCUGCGGACGAUUUGAAUGAAGUGAUAAUACCCCGGCGCCAUCUUCUUCCUACCGAGUCACACCAUCUUGUCGCCCGAACAGGCUCCCCUGAGUCUAAAGUCAUUGGAUUCUGCCUUCUAUUCGUGACCACUAAGGAGGAUACGGCAUGUGGUCAGCUUGCGGUACUUGCAGUUGACCCAAAAAUGCAGGGCCGGGGAGUAGGAAGCGCAUUGCUUGCUGAGUGCCGAAAAUGGUUGGGCAAAAGUUUCCAAAGAUCUCGCCUAGAGCUGGGAAGUACAUUCCCACGUUUCUGGCCUGGGAUCCCUACUGAAUUGCCGAUGGAAGUCCUGGACUUUUUUGUCCAUCGGGGAUUUCAACUGGACCCUCUAGUCCCACGGUCUGUUGACCUCUACCAAGACAUCAGGGAUUUCCGAACCUCAGAGCUGUACACUACCCGAGCCAAGGAACGAGGAUAUACAUUUCGCCCUCUUGAACCUGCAGACUACCAAGAAUGCCUCGUUAGCCAGGAGAAGAACUUCUCUUAUAACCCAGCCUGGGUUCAGAUGUACUAUAAGCUUGACCCGAGCAAAUACCCAUCCAGUGUAAUGACCGCGUUUGAUCCCAGCGGGAAGCAGGUGGGCUGGACGCUAAUGCUUUCUCAUGGGUCGCCCAUGCUCAAGUCACAUUGGGCGUUCCCUUCUCUCUGUGGGCCCAAAACCGGUGUCAUCGGUUGUGUGGGAGUCGACAUGGAUUACCGUAAGGAAGGAGUUGGGCUUGCCAUGCUUUGCCAUGCGAUUGAGCAUAUGAAGCACAGAGGAGUUGAGGGAGUUUUUGUGGACUGGGUGAGCUUGGAAGGGUGGUACGAGAAGAUCGGGUUCGAGGUUUGGUGGCGUUGCAGAACGGGCACGAUGCAACUUGGGUCUUAA